AUGGCUAGUGCUAUACUUCAUGUAAUUGUAGUUGGAUUUCAUCAUAAAAAAGGUUGUCAGAUCGAAUAUUGUUAUCCACCAAUAAAUAAUAGUUCUUCACCAAAAGAAGAAGAUAUCCCUAAAGAAUGGACUUAUUUACCAUCUCUUGCCUUACCUGAUGGUGCACAUAAUGUAGAUAAGGAUGUUGUAUAUUUUUUGUUACCCUCUUUAGAGGAACAUAAUCGUUCUGUAUUUGGUAUAUCAUGUUAUCGACAGAUAGCAGCAGAUGAAUUAGUUACAAAAGAAAAAGAUGUUACAAGAAGUACAGUACAAAAAUCUGUUUGUAUAAUUUCAAAAAUUCCAUUAUAUGGAUCACUUUUAUCAAAAUUAGAAAUAAUAACAGAGGCAUAUUUUAAUGAAAAAGAUUUUUCUAAAGUAGAAGUUCUCAAACAAAUGUAUGCAAAUUUAAGUGAUAUGUUUAAUAUCAAUGUAAAAAAUGAUGAAACUUUAAUUGAAGCUGCAGAUAUUCCAUUAACUUGUAUGUUAAAUACAUUUAAAGGAAGAGUUUUAAUGCUUUUUAAACUACUACUUCUUGAAAAAAAAGUAAUGUUUAAUAUUUUUCCGGCACAUAAACUUGGCAAUGCAUUAUUUGGCUUAAUAUCUUUAUUUCCACUUUUAACACAAUAUGGACUUUUUGAGGCUGCCGAUUAUUCUGUUCUUCAAAAAAAAAGUAACUUAAUUGAAAAUGAAAGUGGAAAUGAAGAGGACAAAUUAAAAGUAUCCAGUUGGAAUACAAUGGAUGUUGAUGACUGGGGUUUUCCUUUAAGUUUAUUUGUCAAAGGAUAUCUUUUUCAUCCUUAUCUUAGCAUUUGUUAUAUGGAUAUGAUUAAAAGUCACAAUGUUCGUGCUUUUUGUAUUGGUACAACAAAUACUUUAUUUAAUCAUCGUCGAGAAUUAUUUGAUAUUAUGAUAACAUUAAAUGAAGAUGAUGAUUUAAUUAUUGAUUAUCUUGAUUCAGAUUUAAAAAAAAAGUUACAUCUUACUACGGCAGAUUUAAGGUUUGCUGAUUAUAUUUCUAAACAAUCAUCAUGUCAAGGAAGUGAAAUUACAUGGGAAGGUAGUGAUGAUUGGAUUCGUUUUCAAUUUAGGGCAUAUCUUCUUUCUUUAUUAUCAACAAGCAUAUCAGAUGAUAAAGAUUUAUUAGAUGAUUUUAAUAGUGAUUUUAUUAAUGAAUGGAAAUGUACAUUAAAUUAUAGAAUUUGGCGAUCAAAAACUCAUCCAGGUUUUGAUGGAAUCCUCCCAAAUCAUCCUUUUGCUAGACAAUUAAAUAUUGGGGAUUUAAAAUUAAAGAUGAGUCAACAUAUUACAGAUAGUGAAGGUGGUCGAAAGCUUGUUAAUAAUAUUGCUACAACAAGUAAAUAUGUUAGUGAUGCUGGUAGCAAAAUGAAAUCAAGCAUUUCUUCAUGGUUUAAAGGUUCAUAA